GGUUCUAGCGGAUUUCUUUACCCCUUUUACUAAAUCUGAAAUCUAGGAUCGUUUACUGCGAAACCGCAAUUCAUGUGAGUGGCCAUGUGGAUGGUUUUUUGGGUAUCAACGUUUGGAUGUUUCGCGAUCUAUAAUCUACACUAGAUUUGAUAAUAUCUUUAAAGAUAUCGAGAUGGAGGAUCAAAUAACGAUUUAUGAUUUAACCUGGAAGGCCGGCCCUUCACAAGACUUCUCAAGUCCAGGGCUAUUUAAUCUUCCAAAGUCAUAACCUACCUGGGUUACUACCUACAGUGGUUAUCCCUAUACGCAAACAUGGCUCCGAACAUAGCUUUCUCGGCUCCAUACGCGGCAGGAGUAGCAUUGCUAUGCCUCCUAUACUUUGUUGUGUAUCCUGUCGUCGUUUACCUUCGCGAUGUAAAGGGCCUUCGUCGCUUUCAUAACAUGACCCCCUUAUCGGGUAUCACAGCAAUCCCUUUCAUGAUACUCGCUCAUGGCGGCGCCCGCUCCACAUACCUCUCCAAGAUGCACAAGAAAUAUCCCGUAAUUCGAACUGGACCAAAUACUCUCUCUUACGGGGAUUUAAGGGCAAUCAAGGAUAUUUACGGUCAUAAUACCCCUUGCACGAAGGAUACCUCUUACAUCAUAACCUCUGGAUCUCACUACCAUCUUGCCGAUGUCAUUGAUCGACAAGAUCAUUCUCGAAAACGCAAGGUUUUAUCCGCCGCAUACGCUAUCAAGAAUCUUGAGGAAUGGGAGCAUAAAGUCGCGGAUAAAACCGCACGGAUGAUCAAGCACUUCGACAAAUGUUGCACUGCACCUCUGCCGGCAGGCCAAAUACCAGCACCUGAAGAUGUCAACCUCGAUUAUCGAACCUGGACCAACUUCUUCAGUCUCGACGCCAUCGCUGACAUCGGUCUCUCCGAAAAACUCGGCUUCCUCGAUCGUGGCCACGACCGCAUCACCGGUCGAAGACUAGACGGAACGAAAUACGAGUGUAACUAUCGGGAAUGUCUUUACCAAAACGCCAGAAAACAAUCCUUGCUCGUGUGGCCGUACGCCUGGUACCCCUUCAUCAACAAAGUUGCCAACAUAAUCCCCUUCUACGGACGCAUGGGCAAGCUCGGCCGCGACUGGGACGGCAUACCGCUAGAGCUCUCCCACCGUCGACUAGACCGCUACCGCGCGGGCGAAAAACUCGACGACUUCUUCCAAGCGCUGAUGGAAGACAAAGGCGGCAAGCCAAACAACCUGGAGUGGGGCGAGAUCGUCGCCGAAGUCAGCAUCAUGAUGAACGCCGGCAGCGCGACGACCGCCAUCGCCAUGACCAACGUGCUCUUCCAGCUUCUCAAGAACCCAGCCACAAUGGACAAGCUCGUCGAAGAGCUCGACGCAGCGCUCGAAGGCGAUGAUCUAGAGGAAGAAGCCGUUGUCGCGUACGAUAAAGUCAAGCAUCUCCCGUACCUGCGCGCCUGUCUAGACGAAUCCCUCCGCAUCUUCCCACCCACCCCGCACGGCCUACCGCGCGAAACCCCGCCCGACGGCAUCAAUAUCAUGGGCGACUACAUCCCGGGCGGGGUGACAGUCGCCAUCUCCGCGUUCGUCGCGCACAGGAACGAGGCGUACUUCCCACAAGCGGACAAGUUCAUCCCCGAGCGCUGGCUCGGCGAGGAGGGGAAGAGGCUGCAGCCGUAUUUCCUGGCGUUUUCGGCGGGCGCGAGAGGCUGUAUUGGUAGGAAUAUCUCGUACCUCGAACAGACGGUGGUCUUGGCUUCCGUGCUCAGGAGGUACAGAUUUGCCCUCCCGUCCCCGGCGUUCGAGCUCGAGAGGUUGGAGACUAUGAAUUGGCUUAUUAAGGAUAUGCCGGUUAAGAUUUGGAGGAGGAGGGAUGAGGGGUUGGGGGAGUGAGAGAGUAGGUGGUUGGGUUGGGUGCAUUUGUCACCUCUUUUCAUGGUUGGGAGGUCAUAGCAUAUUAGGCAUUGAGUUGGGAUCUUGUGUUGAAGGUUUAGUGUACUGGGAGGACUGGUAAGGUCCGGUCAGAUCGGAGUUUAGCCCGUGGUAAACC